AUGGCGGGUUCGCCUGGCUCGCGCUGCAAGGGCACCAAUGCCCUACUCACGCUUCUCCUGCUGCUAGGCGCUGCGCUGCUCUGCUUCCCAAGCGCGACAAACGGCGCGAGGCACGCGGCGCUUAGGUCACAGGGAGUGGUAUCGAAUAGCCGGACCAUAGCGCACAUAUGGACAUCAGGAAGCACGUUCCUUCGUGGCAAUAUCAACGCCGGCAAAAGGAGUGGCAGCACUGCAGUUGCUGCUACAACCACCGGCGCUACAACCGCCGCUGCUGGCUCCGCGGCUGCUACAACCGCCGCGACGGGCUCGGGUUGCGCGGCGUCGGCGCUGGAGGGGUUCGCGUGGUCGGCGGCGCUGGGGUCCACUGGACUCACGCUGCAUUGGCGCGCAGUGGACUCGUCGCGCCUCGCCUUGGCGCUGGAAGCGGCGGGCGGCAGCGCGGCAGCGGCGGGGUGGUUCGCCGUGGGGUGGUCGGCGACGGGCCGCAUGGCGGCGUCCGACGCCGUGGUGGGCAAUCUGGCGGGCGGCGCCGUCCAGGCGGUGUACAUGAGCGGCACGGCGCAGAGCGACGUUCAGCCCACAAGCAGCUUCGAUAUUGGCAACGCGCAGCUCGCCACGUCACCCUCGGGAUCCACCGUUCUCAAGUUCAACCGCUCUGCAGGUGACGGCUCAGUGCCGGUGAGCGUGCAGGGAAGCAACACGCUCUUGUGGGCGCACUCCGCAGAUGGCUCUCAGUCCCUCGGCUUCCACGCCGGAUAUGAUGGCGCGCUGCAAGUGGACUUUGCGUGCUCCUCUGCCUCGUCCGGAGGGGGAGGGGGUGGCGGAACUGGUGGGGGUGCGGGGGGGGGCACUGGCGGAGGCACGGGGGGUGAUUAUGGGGGUGACUACAACGGGGGGAACAACGGGGGUGGUGAUUACAGUGGUGGUAACGGCGGCGGUGAUUAUAACGGGGGGAACGGAGGAGACUAUGGGGGUGGCAGUGGCGGUGGGGGCAAUGGCGGCGGAGGUAACAGAGGUGGAGGCGCAGGAGGCGGAGGAAGGGGAGGCGGUGGGGGGGACUGCAGGAGAGGGCCUGGAGGCGGACAGGGGGGAGCUGGGGGCGGAAUGGGGGGACCUAGGGGCGGGCAGGGCGGACCUGGAGGCGGACAGGGGGGUCUUGGCGGUGGGCAGGGUGGACCUGGUGGGGAACAGGGAGGACAAGGGGGUGGUAAUGGUGGGGGGAGCAAUGGCGGGGACUAUGGUGUUGGUAAUGGCGGUGGUGACUACAGCAGUGGCGGGGGCUAUAGCGGCGGUAAUGGCGGGGGCAACACAGGCGGAGGUGCUGCUUACUACAGCAGUGGCUCGGGAGGAGGAGGGUCAGGUACUGCUGGUGGUGCUGGUGGGGGCUGUGGGGGAGGGCAAGGGCAAGGCGGGGGACAGGGAGGCCCUGGGGCCGGGCAAGGGGGGCCUGGGGGACAGGGGGGACCUGGGAGCGGGCAAGGGGGAGCUGGAGGCGGGCAGGGCGGUCAAGGGGGUAAUUAUGGUGGGGGCAACAAUGGCGGGGACUAUGGUGGUGGUAAUGGCGGUGGUGACUACAGCGGGGGGAAUGGAGGGGACUACAGCACUGGUGGUGACUACAGCGGGGGGAACACUGGAGGGGGCUAUGGUGGCGGCAAUGGUGGUGACUAUAACGGAGGGAGCUACACUGGGGACUACAGUGGGGAUUACAGCGGGGGGAUGGGCGGCAGUCAGGGCGGCAGUCAGGGAGGCCCAUCUGGGGGCGGUAUGAGUGGAGGUGGAGGCAUGGGCGGCGGAGGCAUGGGCGGCGGAGGCAUGGGCGGCGGAGGCAUGGGCGGCGGAGGCAUGGGCGGCGGAGGCAUGGGCGGCGGAGGCAUGGGCGGCGGAGGCAUGGGAGGCGGAGGCAUGGGCGGUGGAGGCAUGGGCGGUGGUGCUGCUGGCGGGGGAAUGGGAGGGCCUGGGGGAGUGACUGGCGGAGGAGGCAUGGGGGGAGGAGGCAUGGGCGGUGGUGCUGCUGGUGGUGGCAUGGGAGGGUCUGGGGGGAUGGGCGGAGGCGGAGGAAUGGGCGGUGGUGGGGGGAUGGGAGGAGGCGGGGGCAUGGGAGGGGGCGGAGGAAUGGGAGGGGGCGGAGGAAUGGGAGGGCCUGGGGGUGGCAUGGGCGGAGGAGGAGGGAUGAGGGGAGGGGGAGGGAUGGGCGGAGGUGGAGGCAUGGGGGGAGGAGGCAUGGGGGGAGGAGGCAUGGGGGGAGGAGGCAUGGGGGGAGGAGGCAUGGGGGGAGGAGGGGGCAUGGGGGGAGGAGGAGGCAUGGGGGGAGGAGGAGGCAUGGGAGGGGGCAGGCCUUAG